CAUUGGACCAGCCCCUGAAUAAACUGGAAAGACGCCUGGUCUGGCUUCAGUUACAAGGAGCACUACCAGGGAACGUGUCUCGGGGAUCCUGGUUGCAAGCAGUGGGGCUUAGAGUCUGCCUGCCAGUCUCUCCGUCGCCCUGUGGGGAGGGCCUUGCCUUGGCGUCCCUUGUGUUUGACUGCAAAGAAAUCCACGUGAAGGAAGGGGUUACACCGUUUGGCCUGGCAGGAACUCCGCUGAACCCAACUUGCCGCCACAAUGCUCCUCCUGUUGCUGGGUAUCAUCGUCCUCCACGUCGCGGUGCUGGUGCUGCUGUUCGUCUCCACGAUUGUCAGCCAAUGGGUCGUGGGCAAUGGACACGCAACCGACCUGUGGCAGAACUGUAGCACCUCAUCCUCGGGCAACGUCCUCCACUGUUACUCGUCAUCCGCGAAUGAAUGGCUGCAGUCUGUCCAGGCCACCAUGAUCCUGUCCAUCAUCUUCAGUGUCCUGUCCCUGUUCCUGUUCUUUUGCCAGCUCUUCACCCUCACCAAAGGGGGCCGGUUUUACAUCACUGGGGUCUUCCAGAUCCUUGCCGGUCUGUGCGUAAUGAGCGCGGCCUCCAUCUACACGGUGAGGCACCCGGAAUGGCAUUUCAACUCGGAGUACUCCUAUGGCUUUGCCUACAUCCUGGCCUGGGUGGCCUUCCCCCUCGCCCUUCUCAGCGGUGUCAUAUACGUGAUCUUGCGGAAACGUGAAUGAGGCGCCCAGACAGCUGGUCUGAGGCACUGAGCAUACCUAGGGGAAGGGAGGAAGGAAACCAGAAACCAGAAAAAAAAAAAAAGA